CUCAGUUACUUUUUGACGAUCUUUGUUGCGGACUCAAAUGGGUGGAGUCUAACGGAAGCAUAAUCAAGAUGGCCACCUUCGUUGAAAGGAUGGCGCCUGUCUUGGUGCUCUGGCUGGCUAUGUCCCUCAGCGGGACAUGGGCUGUGGACAAGGGCAACUUCAAGACCUGCGACCAGAGUGCCUUCUGCAAGCGUCAGCGAGCGUUGAAGCCUGGUGAGUCUCCCUAUCGAGCCCUGUUGGAGACCAUGGAGCUGACCAACACCAGGCUCACGCUGCAGCUCAUCAAUGACAACAACAAGGUGCAUCUGCUGCUUGAGCUUUACCGUCUCCAGGGAAACAUAACGAGGGUGAAGAUUAACGAGCUGAAGCCGCUGAGGCCUCGCUACGAGGUCCCAGACGUGCUCAUCAGGGAGCCGCUUACUGAGCCCCUGUCUCUCCUGUCUCAGGAUGAGAACGGAGUGGUGUUGUCUCUAGGUUCGGAGUCUCAGAGGGUCAUCGUCAGCGCCCGGCCCUUCCGCCUGGACAUCAUGGAGGGGCGAGAAGUGCUGAUGUCUCUGAACUCGCGCGGCCUGCUGGCCUUUGAGCACCUGAGGAUGCGCAAGGACACUUUCUCCUAUAAAGUAUCUAGCACAGUGGCUAGCGUGUGGGAUAAUAUCAAGAGGGUAUUCUCUAGUCAGGUGGACCCAGAGGAUGAGAAGAAAGAGGAGGCUGAUCCGGCAACCCAGGCAGAGAAAGCAAAAGAAGAGGAAGACAAAGUAGAAGACGGGAUGUGGGAGGAAACGUUUAAAUCUCACUCAGACGGCAAACCUAAUGGUCCAUCUGCUAUUAGUUUAGACUUUUCGUUGCCGGGUGUGGAGCACGUCUACGGCAUCCCAGAACACGCAGACACCCUCCGGCUCAAAACAACAGAGAAUGGGGAUCCAUAUCGGCUCUAUAACUUGGAUGUGUUCCAGUACGAGCUGUACAACCCUAUGGCUCUCUAUGGCGCUGUCCCAGUCAUGUUGGCCCACAACGCCCAGCGCACCACCGGCAUCUUCUGGUUCAAUGCUGCUGAGACCUGGGUGGAUAUCAGCUCCAACACAGCUGGAAAGACCGUGUUUGGAAAAAUGUUGGAUUACGUUCAAGGCUCUAGCGAGACUCCACAGACGGAUGUGCGUUGGAUCUCUGAAAGCGGCAUCAUUGAUGUCUUCAUCAUGCUUGGGCCGACACCCAAAGAUGUCUUCUCUCAGUAUGCCUCCCUCACAGGCACUCAGUCAUUCCCUCCCAAAGCUGCUGUGGGCUACCACCAGUGCCGCUGGAACUACAAUGACCAGGAGGACGUGGCUUCAGUGGACGCGGGCUUUGACGAGCACGACAUCCCCUAUGACUACAUCUGGCUCGACAUUGAGCACACGGAUGGCAAGCGCUACUUCACCUGGGAUCCACACAAGUUUGCAACGCCAAAGGAAAUGCUGCAGGGUCUCGUGGAGAAGAAACGCAAGAUGGUGGCCAUUGUGGACCCUCAUAUCAAGGUAGACAGCAACUACAAGAUCCAUAAUGAAAUCCAAAAUAAGGGUUUCUAUAUCAAGAACAAAGACGGUGGAGACUACGAGGGCUGGUGCUGGCCUGGUAGUGCCGGCUAUCCAGACUUCACUCGUGCAGACAUGAGGGACUGGUGGGCCAGCAUGUUCGCAUACGAUCAGUAUGAGGGUUCCAUGGAGAACCUGUACACAUGGAACGACAUGAAUGAGCCGUCGGUCUUUAACGGGCCGGAGGUGACCAUGCACAAGGACGCGGUGCACGGAGCCUGGGAGCACCGCGACGUGCACAACUUGUAUGGCUUCUAUGUGCAAAUGGCCACAGCGGAGGGUCUGAUCCAGAGGUCAGGGGGAGUUGAGCGUCCGUUUGUCCUGACCAGAGCCUUCUUUGCUGGGUCGCAGCGCUACGGAGCUGUGUGGACGGGAGAUAAUGCUGCUGAAUGGGACCAUCUGAAGAUCUCCAUCCCCAUGUGUCUGAGCCUCGGCCUGGUGGGAAUCUCCUUCUGCGGCGCUGACGUCGGUGGUUUCUUCAAGUCUCCGAGCACCGAGCUGCUGGUGCGCUGGUACCAGACGGGAGCCUACCAGCCGUUCUUCAGGGCCCACGCCCACCUGGACACCCCCCGCCGAGAGCCCUGGCUCUUUGGUCCGGACAACACGGCGCUGAUCCGCGAAGCGGUUCGUCAGCGCUACACCCUUCUGCCCUACUGGUACCAGCAGUUCUACCACGCUCACCGCACUGGAGAGCCCAUCAUGAGACCACUGUGGGUGGAGUAUCCUCAGGAUCCUGCUACGUUCGCUCUGGAUGACGAGUUCUUGAUCGGGAGAGACCUGUUGGUGCACCCGGUCACUGAGGAAGGGGCGAGGGGAAUCACCGCCUACCUACCUGGCAAAGACGAGGUUUGGUUUGACGUCCACACCUUCCAAAAGCACAACGGGGCCCAGAACCUUUACAUCCCGGUCACCAUGAGUUCUAUCCCCGUGUUCCAGCGUGGCGGCUCCAUUAUUCCCAGGAAGAUUCGAGUUCGCAGGUCCUCCUCCUGCAUGAUGCACGAUCCCUACACUUUAUAUGUGGCCCUUAACCCCCAGAGAACUGCAGAGGGUGAGCUCUACAUAGAUGAUGGCCACACCUUCAACUAUGAAAAGGAGGAGUUCAUCCACAGGAAGCUGUCCUUUGCCAAAAACAUGCUCUCUUCUGCGAACCUGGCUCCAGAUGCCCAGUUUUCCACCCGCUCCUGGAUUGAACGCAUUGUCAUACUGGGAGCCAGUAAACCCAGCAAGGUUACCCUCAAGACUGCUGAGGGUCAGGAGAGCCAGCUAGAGUUUGACUUUGACGCCUCCAUGUCGGUGUUAACGCUUCGUAAGCCCGGCGUGAACGCAGGGUUGGACUGGAACGUGACGCUUCAGUAAUCAUCAGGAGGCGCAAGAGGAGAAACUGACUGAAAUGGAACAGGAGCGACAGAGAAGAAACAAGGCGCUGAUGCACAAGACUAACCACAGCAAGACAACAGGAUAGCCAUCAUGGAAAAUAAAGGACAUUAACACACAACACAUUGAAUACACACACUUUUAAUCCCUGCACACACACGCACACAUCCAUGUAGACCUGUCAGUCGAACUGAGCCACGUGACGUCGCUGCCAUUUCCCUCUUGUGUUCAGUCACACUAUAAUACCUAACAACAGAAGAGGUUACUGUUAGAUAGUUAUGUUUGUCACAUUUAUAAAUAGAUAACAAUUGAGAAAUAUGUCAUUGUAAUGAAUUUUUGGGGUAAAGAAAGAAAACAUUCAGGCACACUUUUUUUUUUUUUUUUACUUUUUUUUUUUUAUUGUCCACUUUGUUGUCAUCCAGUCUGCCUCAGAGGAAAGAUCACUGUGACGGACUGUUUGCUAUUUAAAAUGAAGGUUCAGAUUCAAAGCACAUGCUCCACCUGCUGGUGAUUCCCUCUAUCUGCUUCUGACUGAAUCCUUAAACUCAUUCCAACCCUCUCUAUUAAGCCAAUCAGCUCAGAGCUCCACCGUCUGUACUCGUGCCACAUUACAUAUAUUUUGGAGAGGGCUUGCCAACAAUCAGCUGUGUGGCUCUACACUUAACUUUCAUCCUGCUGUACUUAAUAUUUCCACAAAAUGGGAAGAGAUAAUCAUCUUUCUCACCAAUUCUGAGCAGUAAAUUAUUGACACGUCUCUCCCUGAGCUCGUCAGUGAUUAAUCUGUGUGCAUGGAAAUGAUUAUCAUCCCUUCAACAUGGAAGUAACCGGGUUGUUAAACUGCUGCAGAGAGAGAUUUUCAGCUGUUGGGAAUCCCUUCAGGGGACUGAACCGCUGAUGUUUGCGGAUCAUCCUGUUGACGUGCUUUCUUUGUUUUAUUGAGUUCUUUCCCAGCUUUGUUUACUAAAUUCUUUUUAAUGCACUUGGGGAAGAGUGAGAACUUUAAAAGUUGUUUAGAUUUUCAUGUGUUGCUAGAUGUCGGGAUCAUCCAGGAUUUCCAGUGUGUCGUUUGGAUCUUAAUGAAUGGUUCAAAUCCGUGAAAGGUUUUUCACAAGCAAAUGUUCAUAUACAGCCUUUAUGAUUCUCACAACGAAUCAAUCCUAAAUGCACACAGAGCACUCAUUAAUAUUCAAAUGGUUCUCUGGAGACCCUGGAUUGUCGAAUCAUUGGACCUUUUAGGGGUUUUGUUAUGAAUUUGUCUCUUUGAUUGUUUUAUGAUCAUUAAUGUACAUGUUCCUGCAAUUUUGUUGGCGAUGGCUUGAAUUGGUGGAAAUUUAAGUGAACAGACUCAAAGUUGUCAGAUGUACUCUAAAAGAUAAGGCCAAGUAAAAAUAAAGUUGACCAAAUGUGAAA